GCAGUCAUCAAUUCGGGAACUGGCGCCUCUUUCCAUUGUCAGGUCUGGUCCCCAGAAACCCCACGAAUCCAGACGGCACCGUGGAGAAGCUUGUUCGGAUCGUGUUCAAAGAUCAAAGAGAUGAUGAGCGGCCCUACCGAACUCUUACCGCUCCCGUGGAGGCGAAUGAGUCUGGGCCUGCAACACCAGGAACAGACGUCCUAGUCUCUUCGGCAACAUAUAAACCUACAUGGCAUGGAGAGCUGGAUCACGAAUCUCAUCUUUCAAGCCAAGCUCACCCACAUUCUUUAACAAUAUGCGGUCGAAUAUCAUUCUUUCCUUGGCUCUUGGCGGCUUACACGCAGUCGUGGCUAAGCCGUUGCCCGAAGCAGCAAGCAAACCCGGCACAUCGAACAACACAGUCCAGGGCUGUCUCAACGCCGCCAAGGCACCAGUUGCCAUAUCUUCAUCCUCAGAUUGGUCCGACGACAUUCGGCCCUACAACUCUCGUCUGCAAUAUACACCAGCCGUUGUCGUAACGGCUACCGAUGUCACCCACGUGCAGGCUGCCGUAAAGUGCGGAGCGCAGUAUAACCUCAAAGUCACGGCCCGAGGCGGCGGUCAUAGCUACUCUUCGGCGGGACUCGGCGGCGAAAACGGCCAUGUCGUUGUUUGGCUGGACGAGAUGUACGGCGUGACGUUGAAUUCCGAUAACACUGCGACGGUGCAAGCGGGCGCGAGGCUCGGUCACAUCGCGACGGAGCUGUUUAAUCAGGGAGGCCGGGCUAUCUCACAUGGAUCAUGUCCUGGUGUCGGAAUGGGACAUGUCUUGCAUGGAGGCUUCGGCUUUUCAUCUUCCAUGUACGGCCUUGCGCAAGACUGGAUCGUUGAGGCGACCGUAGUCACGGCCGACGGAAAGGUCGUCAAAGCAUCACAGACCCAGAAUACGGAUCUCUUUUGGGCCCUUCGUGGCGCGGGAUCGUCAUUUGGCAUCGUCACCGAGUUCAAGUUUAACACCUUCGCAGCCCCUUCAGUUGUCACAUGGUUCAAGGUCUCAUCAGCAUUGAAGAAGGAGAAGCUGGCUUCGGCUCUCGUAGCUCUUCAAAAGUAUGCACAGAACGACAAGCCUAUCGAGUUGAAUAUGCGGGCCGUCGUCACUGCCGACAGCACCGCGUUUGACGGCCUCUACUACGGAACCGCGGACCAGACACGCGCUGUGCUGAAGAAGUUCCUUUCACCCCUGGGCAUCGACGUCGGUGGCGCUACCAUCACCCAGACUGACUGGAUCGGUCAGCUGGAGCAUUACGCCGGCUCAGCGAGCCUUGACGAGACCGGACCGCAGAGUCUAUCAGAUACAUUCUAUGCCUCGAGUCUCAUGACCAAGACAGUCUCGAAUGCGGGCUUCGCUGCCUUUGCUGAUUACUACCAGAACACAGCAAAGUCAACGGACAGCGGCUGGUUCGUCCUCAUCGAUGUCCAUGGUGGCAAAACCAAGACAGCCCAGGUUGCAAACUCGGCGACAGCUUACGCCCAUCGUGACAAGGUGCUCAUGUGGCAGUUCUAUGACUCUUCUGGAAGUUCUGCGUACCCAAAGUCUGGGUACAAAUUUCUCAGCAAAUGGAUGGCCUCAGUAACAAACACCAUGGCAACUAAUGAGUGGGGUCGCUACGUGAACUACGCCGACUCCCAGCUCAGCAAUGCGGAUGCACAAGAUCAGUACUACCGGGAUAAUCUGGGGCGUUUGAAGACUAUCAAGGCUAAGCUUGAUCCCAAGAAUUUGUUUACCUACCCGCAGGGGGUGGGCUCAUAAGUCAUGCGCACACAUGUAAUUAGCCUGUUUAUUGUCAUAUUGGUUCCACGCUGGGGCGCGUAUGAGCAUUGUUCUGAUGAGACGGGGAAAAAAAACAUCAACAAGAUCAUUAGCAUCAAGCACCGAAAUAUCAU